UAGUUUUACGUGUAGUUUUUAUUGUAUGAUAAUCUUAAUUUUACAAAAACUCCAACUCCCACAAUGCAGCUCGUUCGAGCUGAGUAAAUCGCGCGUGCGCGUUAAGCAAUCCCUCUUUGGACCUACGUCUCCACUGAAAGAUGGCCAAGCGCACCAAGAAGGUGGGGAUCGUUGGUAAAUAUGGCACGCGUUAUGGCGCGUCGCUGAGGAAGAUGGUGAAGAAAAUUGAAAUCUCCCAGCAUGCCAAGUACACCUGCUCUUUCUGUGGCAAGACCAAGAUGAAGAGGAGGGCUGUAGGUAUCUGGCACUGUGGGUCCUGCAGGAAGACCGUGGCUGGAGGUGCAUGGACUUACAACACAACAUCCGCUGUCACAGUCAAGUCUGCGAUCAGGAGACUGAAGGAGUUGAAGGACCAGUAAACCAGUGCGCCAUGAUCACUGGUGGAUUUGGGACUUUUUCUAUAAUUUAACCAACCGGGACAUUGCCUCAACAUCCAAAAAUAAAUUGGUCUGGAGCGGA